UUCGGGGCGCGGGGCGGUGAGCAGGGGUCGGGCCCCUGGAAGGGCGGCCGGGCGAGGCCGGGGGCUCGGGCACUGAGAGGCGGGCCGCCCGGGGGGCAUCGUCGGGCUGGAGUCCGGCCCGGGUGCUCCGUCCUCAGGGCCGCUGCGCGCUCAGUGUCCUCUGGUGGAAAAGGCCGGCUGCGGCGCCCCGGGCCCCCCCAUGGCAGCGCUGAGACGACGAGGACGAAGGCGGCGGUGAAAACAGCGCCCGUUUAUUGGGCGCUCGCGUGUGAAAGACACGCUGGACUGGGUCCCGGUCGCGGUUGCUCACCCGGAAGCCUUUCGGGUCUUCCCUGGGUGGCUCUCGCCUUUGUGGGUUUGGCCAAAAUCAACUUGCCAUGUAGGACUGUUGACUAAAGGUUCUUAAUGGAGUCGCUUAGAAAACACGUAUUGAUUUUUAGAGAGAGAGCGAGAAACAGCGACGUGAGAAGGAAGCAUGGAUGGGUUGCCUCCCAUGGGCACCCCGAUGUGGGGCGGGGGGUGAGUCUAACCGCAACCUGGAUAUGUGUGUCCUGCCUGGGAAUCGAACCCCUAACCCUUUGGUGCACGGGGGGGACGACGCUCCACCCAACUGAGCCACCGGGUCAGGGCUUCAUCGAGUCACUUUUAAAAUUUAAAUUUACUUGAAAAGUUAUCGUCUGUCAUAAAUGUAAAACUCCGUUCACUUGUCAUAUGCAGAAGGCUGUGAUUAAAAAAAAAAUUAGCAUAUUUAAAAUGAAGACAGAUUCUGGUUCAUGAUUCCGGCCAGAUCUCCUUGUCUAAGGCUCUGAGAUAGAGUCCCUUUGUUCACCAAGGAAUGUCGGGGUUCAUCGAUGUUAAAGGAGGGAAAUAAGACGCUCCUUGAAGCAAUCGGCCGUUUCUAACAGGAAUCGGAAAGAGUCGCUUCCUCCUCAGGUGUCCACCCUCCUUGAAGCUCACGCAUGUACCACCCGAGGCCCCGCUCCUGAUCGUCGUCAUCGCCUUCCCCCGCGGAGGGCAUUCCCGUGUUCACGGCCACAGCCACCCUGAGGUCUCUACCGCUUCUUCCUGACCUCACCAAACAACCAUGUCAUCAGAGUCGAGCAAGAAGCGGAAGCCCAAAGUGAUUCGAAGUGAUGGAGCUCCGGCGGAAGGGAAGCGGAAUCGUUCUGACACCGAGCAGGAAGGUAAAUACUACAGUGAGGAGGCUGAGGUGGACCUGCGGGACCCUGGAAGAGACUAUGAGCUGUACAAGUACACGUGCCAGGAGCUGCAGAGACUCAUGGCUGAGAUCCAGGACCUGAAGAGCAGGGGAGGCAAGGAUGUGGCAGUUGAGAUUGAAGAUCGCAGGAUCCUGAGCUGUGUUCAUUUCAUGACUCUAAAGAAGCUUAACCGAUUAGCCCACAUCAGGUUGAAGAAAGGACGAGAUCAGACCCAUGAGGCCAAGCAGAAAGUAGACGCCUAUCACCUGCAGCUCCAGAACCUGUUGUAUGAGGUGAUGCACCUGCAGAAGGAGAUCACUAAAUGCCUGGAGUUUAAGUCAAAGCAUGAAGAAAUUGAUCUGGUCAGUGUAGAGGAGUUUUAUGAAGAGGCCCCUCCAGAUAUCAGCAAGGCUGAAAUCACCAUGGGAGACCCUCACCAGCAAACCCUUGCACGUCUGGAUUGGGAGCUGGAGCAGCGGAAAAGGUUGGCGGAGAAGUACCGAGAGUCCCUCUCCAACAAGGAGAAGAUCCUUAAGGAGAUUGAAGUGAAGAAGGAAUACCUGAGCAGCCUCCAGCCUCGCCUGAACAGCAUCAUGCAGGCUUCCCUCCCGGUGCAAGAGUACCUGUUCAUGCCUUUCGACCAGGCUCACAAACAGUAUGAGACGGCCAGACACCUGCCGCCUCCCCUCUAUGUCCUCUUUGUCCAGGCCACUGCGUACGGGCAGGCCUGUGAUAAGACGUUGUCUGUGGCGAUCGAAGGCAGUGUGGACGAAGCCAAGGCCCUGUUUAAACCUCACGAGGAAUCCCAAGAUGACGAGAGCGACUCGGAUGCCGAGGAGGAGCAGACCACGAAACGCCGGCGACCCACACUGGGAGUUCAGUUGGAUGACAAACGCAAGGAGAUGCUGAAGAGGCACCCGCUGUCCGUCAUGCUGGACCUCAAGUGCAAAGAUGACAGUGUGCUUCACCUGACUUUCUACUAUCUCAUGAACCUCAACAUCAUGACGGUAAAAGCCAAAGUGACAACUGCCACGGAGCUCAUCACCCCCAUCAGUGCAGGUGAUUUGCUGUCUCCUGACUCAGUCCUGAGCUGUUUGUAUCCUGGGGAUCAUGGAAAGAAAACUCCGAAUCCAGCCAAUCAGUACCAGUUUGAUAAAGUUGGCAUCCUGACUUUGAGAGACUACGUACUUGAUUUAGGACACCCCUACUUGUGGGUACAGAAGCUGGGUGGCCUCCACUUCCCUAAAGAGCAGCCCCAGCAUACGGUGAUUGCUGACCACUCGCUGAGCUCCAGCCACAUGGAGACCACCAUGAAGCUGUUAAAGACCAGAGUGCAGUCCCGCCUGGCCCUCCACAAACAGUUCGCGUCCCUGGAACAUGGCAUUGUACCAGUUACUAGCGAUUGCCACUACCUCUUCCCUGCAAAGGUUGUCUCUCGCCUGGUGAAGUGGGUGACGAUUGCCCAUGAGGAUUACGUGGAUCUGCAUUUCACCAAAGAAAUUGUGGAGGCAGGACUGGCUGGGGACACCAACCUCUACUACAUGGCACUCGUGGAAAGGGGCACAGCCAAGCUCCAGGCAGCUGUGGUGCUGAACCCCGGCUACUCCUCCAUCCCACCCAUCUUCCAGCUCUGUCUGAACUGGAAAGGGGAGAAACAGCACAACAAUGAUGACAAUAUCCGGGCCAUGGAGAGGGAGGUCAACGUGUUCUACAAGGAGCUGUGUGGGCCCCGGCCUGGCCAUCAGCUCUUGACCAACCAGCUCCAGCGCCUGUGCGUGCUGCUGGACGUCUACCUGGAGACCGAGAUCCACGACGACAGCGUGGAGGGGCCCAAGGAGUUUCCCCAGGAGAAGAUGUGCCUGCGGCUUUUCAGGGGACCCAGCCGGAUGAAGCCGUUUAAGUAUAACCAUCCUCAAGGAUUCUUCAGCCAUCGCUGACCUGCUCGGCCUGUUUCCCCCGGGCCCUCAGUGCUGUGCCUCCGCUUUCUCUUCUGUUCCACAUGUGGCUCCUCAUAGGCUCCAGAGACAGGUUUUAUAUUUCUAGCCAAUUAAAGUGUCAUCUGACCAA